UCUGGUGUCAGGAGCAGACUGUGCUGUCGGCCUUCUGCCACCAGGUGGUGCUGCAGGACGAGUCUGAGAGGAAUGAAGGUACACUGACUCAGAAAGAGGAAGAAGAGGAGGAGGAAGAGAGAGAGAGAGGGUUAAACUGUUCCUCUGGUCGUCCGCUACCAGCCGUCUGUCUGUAGACAUGUCCUCCCGGGCGGAGAGUAAGACAGCCUUUGGGUCUCUCACCAUGAGGCUGAAGGAUAAGCUCCACCCGCAGAAGAUCAGACGCUCUGAGCGAAUCAAACACACCCCGUCACAGAGACCAGAACCAUGUGACCUGAACCUGCAACACAAGGUGUGUGUGUUGGAGGACCAGCAGCGGGCUGUCAUUAGCUCUCUGCAGUACUUCAAAGCUCUGGUGGACAGACUGGGAGUGGACAAACUGGUCCUGGACCAGUCUGUGGUGGCCGGUCUGCUGGGGGGGGCGUCCAGCGGAGUCCUGGAGGAGGUCCAGACUCUGGUCCAGCUGGAGCCACACCUGCACAACAGUGAGACCGUCUCUGCCUGUCUCACCCGUCUCUACCUGUCUCUGGCUCGCCUCAUUCGUUGGGCCGAUCGGGUGAUGCUGAGAGGCAUCGCCCACGGCAACAAGGACUCCACAGCUAGCGUUACCGUGGAGAUCAGGGCCGUGCUGGACGGGGUGAAGGAACUGGUCCGAUUGGCUGCAGAGAGACGAGGUGACUCCGCCCCAUUGUCUCCCGUCCAAUCACGGGUCACCGUGGGACAGACAUCAGAGGACAAGGAGCAGACAGCUUUGGCUCCUCCUCCAAAGCCGCCGAUGCCACUCACAGAGCUCCUCCCACAGGUGUCCUCACAGGGACCCAGGUGAGUCUGAAUGAUGUUUAUUGUCUGUUUGUCUCUUUAGUUAUUUGUCUACUGAACUAAAGAACAUCUGUUUAUACAGUCUGAUCAAUAACUGAUGUAGAUAGUGAGAGCUCAUUUAUUCUUUAUUUAUUUCAUAAGUGAAUCCAACAG